AUGAAAGACAUUGAAGUCUCGCUAAUUCAAGAAGAAGUUCUAGUCGAUCAAGUGGUAAAAUCAGGACUCAGCGAUGACCCCUUAUGCCCGGUCGUAAAUGCUACGCAAGACAAACUCGACCUUCAUGCAUUUUGCAUCUCUGAUGACUGGCAAUCCGUCAAAGACCUGGACGGCUUCCCCGACAGUUAUGGCCGCGACAACUCAACAUUCGAAAACAUCUACAUCUUCUGUGAGCAUGUCAACCAGCCCAUGUUCAUCAAGCUCUCAAACGGCCUCCAACUCAUCAUCGUCCUCGCCAUCAUCCUUCUCAUGCUCGGACUUGGACCCGUCGGAGCAACAAUUGCCACGCUCGUGCAGUUUUUGCUCAUGCCAGUUGUUGCCUUUGGCUUGGGAAAAUUGUUCAAAAUGGACGAGAUCAAAAUGAUGACGAUGAUCGUUUUGGGCUGUUGUCCAGGAGGAACGCUCUCGAAUUUCAUGGCCCUUUUGCUUCGUGGAGACAUGAACCUAUCGAUUUUGAUGACCUCUGUAUCGACUGUGGUCGGCGUUGGAGCCAUUCCGAUCAUGAUCAAGGCCUUGAGUUCGUUCGUUGUCGACCCUUGCACCGAUCUGACGGUGGAUACUGUAGCUAUUGUCAAACCACUUGUGCUGACGCUGUUUCCUUGUGCGAUUGGAAUGGUGAUCAAGAAAUAUUGCAAAGACAAAACCUGCGAGAUCAUCAUCAAAAUUGGCAAAAUUGGUAUGCUCGUUGGUCUCGUCGCCCUAGUCGGCAUCAACAUCGCCCUCUACGGCUCCUCCCUUGUCAAACGCUUUCCCGUCGACAUCCUCAUUGCUAUCAGCUGUGUGCCUUGGAUGGGAUUCGUCUUUGGAUUCGUUUUUGCAAGGCUGGCUAGGGAGCCGCCAAGAUCGGCGAGAACGAUCAUGUUAGAAACAGGAUUGAAGAAUGCGCAGAUCUGCUUGAUUAUCAUGAUGAUGGCGUUUCCGCCAGAGAAGAUUGGGGUGCUCAUGAUGAUGCCUGUUUAUUUCUUGUUCUUUCAGUGUCUAGAAUCCGCCGUUCUUGCUUUCAUCGUCACCCGCUAUCUUGCCUCACAAGACGAAGAAACCCAAGAAAAGCUACUCGAAUACGCCCCUGGCGCAGAAAAAGCCGAAUUCCAGCGACAGGUCUCGACCAAGAUUGCCAAAAGAACUUUCACCCCAGAAGGGCAGGUGGUGGAAGUUCGAAAGGAACGAUUUGAGAAUGUUCUUGUGACUCAAGACAAUCGAGGUGACUGCUCAAUAAGUUUCAUGUGCGGCUCUUGCGGAAAAGAAGCCGGCAACUUCCGCACCCUCUCCUGCAACACCGAAGAUCUGGAACCUCAGAAAAUGAAUCCGAUCUCGUCCCCUGGCCAUCAAAUGCGACUUGCUUCGACCCGAUCUAAUGAUUUCGAGGCCGCCUAG